CUCUGGUGAUGGUGGCUAACGUGCAGCCACUUUUUUUUUCUUUAACGUUAAAAUAACGUUAAUUACCGUUUGCGACGUUUUUAAACUUCGAGUCUGAAUUAUUAGAUAAUUUAAAUUUAAUUGUUUUAUUUUUGUCAAUGGCUGACAGACAGCAGUGCGCGUGCUGCUCGCUUCCGGUCUCCUCCUCAGCUGUUUACCAGUCAAUGGACGAGAUGGAGUUUGAGCGAGGUAUCUGGUCUGCUGCCAUGGAUGGAGACCUGCAGAGGGUCCAGUCCUUCAUCCAGAAGGGUGCAGACCCGAAUCUGAGAGACUCGGCUGGAUACACAGCUCUGACUGACACUGAGGACGGAGAUGAUCUGACUCGUGUCUCUCCUGUCUCUGGUUUCCCGCCUUCCUCGUGUGUUUUGUUCCAGCACUAUGCGAGUCGCAGCGGUCACCUCGCCGUGUGCUCGCUCCUCCUUCAGAGCGGCGCCUGUGCGUCUCCUCGGACUCCGGGCGGAGCCACGCCGCUCCAUCGAUCGGCUUACUGCGGUCACCUGGACGUGGUUGGACUCCUGCUGCAGCACCGAGCCGACCCGACGCUCUGCGACGACGACGGAGCGACGCCUCUGCACAAGGCGGCAGAACGGGGUCACGAGGACGUGUGUCAGCUGCUCGUGGAGCGAUGUCCGGCACUCUGCAGCCACGAGAACAAGAGGCGGCAGCUACCGUACCAGCUGGCACCGCGGGGAGAUCUGCAGGAGCUCCUGAAGCCACCACGGUGACGACAGACAGACUCGCUGCAGGAGCUGCUCCGAGCAGACAGAUCAGGUCCGAUUACACUAAUCUGGAGCUGGAUUCACUUCAAGAAUGUGUUCAGACUGUGACUGCUGCAGUCUGAUCAGUCCAACAUGUGAAUUAGCUGGCAGCUUCCACGCGGUGACCUCAUUCGAUCCUCCCUGCACACUGUUGGAAAACUAAACAGGGUAACUGUUCGAAAGAAAGAGAGAGAGCAUCAGUGAAGCUCCUGCAGCUGAUGGUGAGACAUCCUGGUCAAUGGACGCCACCGUCCAGCCGGUACAGAGUACUGUGUGUUAAUGAAGUUAUCCAUCAGCCACGGCAUGCUCUCUCUGCUCAUGGCUGAUCUGGUUGUUUUGGUUGAAGUAACCACCUCCACCCGCACGACUCCGCCUGCUGAUGAGCGGUUUAUUAAUACCUCUUUGUGUAUCUUAAGCAAAAUGAAAUAACAGCUUCACUGUUGAGCUGAAAACUGCAGUUUUCUUUUUAAAAGGAUUAUCAGUUAUUAGCUGGCUGUCUGAAGUUUUUCUUUCAAAGGCAGGGACACAUUACUGCGUUCUUUUUGAACCAGUAUUUAUAUGCAAAGGACAAAGGAUGGAAGCCCGGGGGUGAAUAAAGGAUGUUGAUAUUUCCAUAUCUACUGAAACAGAUGGAAAUACUUUGAGCUAUUGUCUCAUGUACUUACUUAUUCAAAGCAUGUUCAAUAAGUAACACAUGCAGGAGGCAGAUACCUUUCCUACUUCUUCUUCUGUGGUCCUGCACAGGUCCGAAAAACGUCUGAGGGAACUUUCAUUGGGUCCACCGGUGGGUGGUGUUUCCAAACUACCUUCAAACCACAUCCAGUGCUGUGACUGGAGGGGUGCCAGGCCACAUCUGGAGCUCAUUGCAGCUGACGCCACACCAGCACAAGGAGAGAUGGGGGUAGAUGGGGUGGAGACUGGUGUGGAGAAGCUGAGCCAAGAGAGCUGUUUACGCUCAGCGACACAGCUGAGGAGCCCGAUUCGUCCAGGAUCGCCCGUUUGAGUGCCACAUGUCAGGGAUCUUCAGACCGGUCUCUGACUGGCACUCAGACCUUCACAGCACCUCCCCGAUUGUUCCCGUGCCAACUUUCUAUGCAGCAUAAUCAAAGUCGAUGUCUUUAAAUUUGCUGGCAGUGAGCGAGCUAAUGAAAACCCUCUGUGUGCGACGCGGUAAAAAAAACGGAGGAAUAUUAAAGGGCCUCUUUCUUUUUGAUAAUUUUUCAUGAGCUGGUUUGAAUUUGGGAGCUGCCUCCCUUUUUAUGUGGAAACAAUCAGAAAGCGGCCUUUGUCGGGUGAAAAUGAGCAGGCAUGUCAGGGAAGUUAAAAAGUUAAAAAGCUCGAGUCGCUUGUGUCAGAACAAAUGUGAUAUCGAGAAAAGGAGCCGAGAGCUUUCUCGUAAUGCGAGGACUCGGGGAGGACUCCACAAGAUGAGGAAUUUGGAUUACAGCUCUGUUUAGUGAGAUUUAUUUGGAAAGCAAUGAAACUUCCUGGCCCUGGAACCCACUUCCACCAUAAUGAGCCCAAGUUAAACCAGGACUGGAUGUUAUUUUCCUCCGAAAUAGAAGGUGGUCUGUGUGCCGUGCUUGGUGGAGGAUUUGAAGUUUUUGGGGGGAUUUUAUUUUAAACAGCACUUUAGCCCGAGAGGGGGAUGAUGAGAACAACUUGUCCUCUGUGUGUGUGUGUGUGUGUGUGUGUGUGUGUGUGUGUGUCUACACACACUGAUUAUUACGGUAAAGUUGUGGUUACCAGAACUUUACCGUAAUAACUACUGCACAACUUUUUUUUAAAUAUUCCGGUCAAAGGAUAUUAGUGUUGUCGGUUUCUAAUUCCGUAUUUUAAAUUGUCUGAUGGUAAAAAAAUGUUUUACAGUAAAAGACCGUAAAAUGUUACUGCAAAUAAGGGUCUCUAAUAUAAAAUACGACUUUAUUUUGUAUAAAUUCCCUUAAAAUGUCAUAUAAAUAAAGGUUUUCCCAUAAAAUAUGACUUAACUAAACAAAACUAAACCUGUCUGCUGUGGUUGUACUUGACAUUUUAUUCCAUAUUUUUAAAUAUCUGUAGAUUUUAUGGGGAAAAACUGCCAAAACAUUUUACGGUAAAAGACCAUAAAAUGUGCCAAUAAAUAUUAGUGUAUUACUGGGCAAUUAACAGUCUCUUAUAUAAAAUACGACUUUAUUCUGUAUAAAUUACCUUCAAAUGCUUUACAGAUAAAGGUUUUGGCAUUAAAAUAUGACGGUAAAAACCUGCCAGCUGUGGUUU